AUGGCGUCGAAGAGCGCCUCGAGUCUCAUGACUCUCUAUCUUACACUCGCUAGCUUCUGCCUGGGUAAGACAGCCGAUAUGUCGGCUUUUAAUAACCCCAGCCAUGGGCCACCGGCCUCAGAUUUUGCGGCAGCAGACUCGCUGCCGACCUCAGUCCUUCGGGCAGCAGCUGCAGCAGCUAGCGUAGUUCCGAAGGACGCAACAUAUCCCUUUAGCCUGGGUAAUUCCGAAACGUCCACCAUACACAGCGACUGGGUCUCCUUUAAAGAGUUUGUGACGCACGUACAUCCUCUGACAUGCUUAUCCCAGGGAAAUCGAGAUGGCCAAUCGCAGACAAACUGGGGGACUCUGUCUGCAUAUGCAGUGCCUUAUAUUGUGAUUCCCGAUAGGUUUCUGGCUGCAAAUAAGGAUAUUCUGCCAGGAAAUAAUCUUGCAGCCGUGAUCUGUAAUGGCAAGAUGUACUAUGGGAUCCUUGGCGACUCUAAUGGGGAUGACCCCCAAAUUACUGGUGAAGCAUCGUGGCUGAUGGCGAGGACAUGCUUCCCUAAGGAGGAUCUACAGGGGAACAAUGCCCAUUCGUCGAAAGAUGUCACCUGUAAGUGUUCUUGUUGGCUUAACGUCUUAGGGAAGGAGCUGCUCACGAAUCGCAAAGAUAUUCUUUUCACUGGCAAAGAUGCUGUUCUUCCUGAUAACGCCAUGGAUAAAACUUAUAUCACAGAUUUCGACACUCUGAGAUCUAUGGGCGACAAGCUUGUCCGAGCUCUUGCCUCAAACAUGGACAAAUCAGCUUCAUCUGAAUCUCCAGCUACAAGCUUAUGGGCAGGCCGGGGAGUGACGAGGAAUGAUCAUGAAGGUGACGCGAUUUUGAUGGAUCAUUCAGAAGCGGUUUCGGCAGGACCAUGCUGGAAGGCGAUGGCUGCUUGCUAUUUGGAGGAUUUGUUGUAUGCUGGGGGUCAUUAG